AUGAACGGGCCGCGCCCCUCUACUCGCGUGUUCCUCUCCGAUCUUUCCUCUCUACAGGCGGACUCGAAGGUCCGCUUUCUUGGCUGUGUGAGAAACUAUAUCAUCACCACCGGCCAUCUGGUCCUGGAGCACAACUAUCCCCGCAGCAGAGCUGAGAUCGACUCAGUAUCUGUCGAUAUCAAUGCUGUCCUUGAGAACCUCACUGCCGAGGAACUCCGCGUGGGGACGUGGUUGAACGUGCUGGGCUAUGUCAGAGAGUCACAGCCUCCGUCUUCUUCCUUUUCCUCAACGCCGGGGUCAACGCAAUCCAGCGAUCCACCCACCGGACCAGUCACAGUUCCGUCUCGCCCGGUGCAUGUCGAGGCCGUCAUGGUGUUUCCAGCUGGCGCAAUUGCCCUUGGAGAAUAUGAGCAGAUCCUUCGCAGUUCACAGCAUGUGGAGCGCAUGAUACAAGUCAACGACUGA